GUAUCACCGUACAACACCCAAGUACCCUGUACUACCCCCUCCCUCCCCGGCGAUUACUGUCACCUUGGGUCAUCCAUUCCAAAUGUUCUUAUCGCAAUCCCCUUCAUCAACUUCCACUUCUACGUUUCAGUUCUCUUUUAUACUCUUUAUCUUCAUUACUGUGCUUCUUUGCCCUUCCAACCUUCUCACGUCUUUUGCCUAACCUUCUCACGCCUUUUGCCCAGUCACGCACCUGACCAUCCUGACCAUCCUGACCCUCCGGCUCCCCGCAGACCCACCUUAUCACUCUAUUUGGGCAUUCUGAGUCUCUGCCUAGGACUCUCUGCCUAA